GUGAAGGACGAAGUGGGAGAACUGUGCUAAACUGCGUACAUAUACUAACGUAUACCGUAUAUACUAAUGCACCACGUUAUUUUGACUAUUAGUAGUUAUAUACACAUAUUUCGGCGUGCGGUAUUUACGCAGAUGGAAAUCGAAAAGGAAUAAUAUUUAUAUCUGAACACACAUAUAUAAUUAUAAUAGUAACACAACUCUCUCUGAAAAAGAGGCUUUCACGAACGAGAGGAGAGCAUUGUGCUACGAAAGAGAGAGCUCAUUGCUUGGAUUUAUUUAAUAUGACGUCGGUUGACUCGGGAGUAGAAACCGGGAACGACUCGAAUGACAGUUCGAGCGUUCAGCACGAGACUCAGCAACAGCAUGUCACCGCCGGCCAGGUCACUAGCAGCAGUAUCAUUUUUCCCGAUUACGGUAUCAGUCCCAUCAAUAAUAAUGAAAUGAAAAUAGAUCAGUACUUUGAUAAUCGACCGUGUCAGAUAAGGAUGAAGUGUCCGAAUGAUCUGGCUUUGACGGUCCCGCGCUUGUGUUUCAAAACUGAUGGCUUCGACUUUACAGCUGCUUACAAACGGCAGGACAGAAUCUGGGAGGACAGUACUGUAUUGCAAAAUGACAAACUGUCGAAUACAGAAAUCGGCAAAAUUAAGCAGGAAAUGAAAACAUCAGCAGCAUGUGGAAUAUAUGAUGGAAAUGGAACUGAUGCAGAGUUAUUAAAAAAUAGAUCUGUUUAUCGUGCCAAAAUGAAAUCACGUUCUUGGUACAAAAAUUCAACUAAUAGUUUGAAAAUUGAUUUGCAAUAUUGGCGUGUUUAUCAUAUUGGACGAAAGAUGCGGCUGGCUGCUACUGUAAAUAAUACUAUGUUGAUGAGCUCGCUCUUACAGACUGGCGUAUCACCUAACAGUCCUGAUAGUGAUGGGCGAACACCACUUCAUCAUGCAGCUUGCAGGGGUUAUGCAAAGAUGGUUCAGUUAUUAUUGGAAAAUGGUGCAGAUCCGAAUCAACGUGAUUGUAUAGGCAAUACUCCGUUGCAUUUAGCGGCAGUUACUAGCAAGAUAUCGGUAGUAACGCUACUUUUAACAGCCGGUACUAAUGUUCUUGCAUUAGAUAAAUAUGGCUAUAAUCCGUUGCAAUUAGCGAAAGCGAAAUUGAGGAUGUUACGACGAAAUUAUAGUAAUAAGGAUAUGGAUAAAGUCAAACAGGAGAUGCACGAUAUAGUUAACAUGUUAUUGGCAUAUUUGCUGAAGCAAAAAAAUAUGCAAGAGCAGGUAGAAACAUUGAGCAAUUUUUGUUCGCGUCUUUCUUUAUCCAGCACCUCAGAUCAGGUUCAGGAUGAUGUAAAAGAUUUAUUGACCAAUAUAGAUUCUCUUAGUAUAACUGGUUAAUUGCUCCUGGUAGAAUAUGAUAUUAUAAUGCUAUACAUAAAUUGUUUAUAAAUUGAGUAAAAGCUCUCCUAACAUUUUUGAUAAAAAUAUGUAAUUUUUGGAAGUUUAUAUCUGUGUGUAUAUGUAUAUUAUAUAUAUAUACUUUAAAAAAAAAAAUGUUAAACAUAAUUCUUCUUUCUAAUUGUUUCAUGUUAUUAAUAGAUAUUUUCUUCCUUCUACAAAUAUGUUUAUAUUCAUAAUAUACUAAAUAUACAUAAUAUACAUUAUAUACAUAAUAUACUAAAAUAUUAUUCUUCUAAGAAAUGAAUCAUGAUGUUCAUGCAAUACAGAGUAAAUAGAUAAGACCACAUAUUAAUAUGAUACGAAGAGAAUAGAACUAUAAAAUAUAUGUAAGACUGUCGAUUAUAUAAGAUAGCCAGACAAAUUCUGUAAUAAAUUUUCAAGAGACAUUAUCUGGAAUCACAAGCUAGUACAUUUAGAUUCAACACAAUAAAAGACUGAAUAUCUCAUUC